AAUUUAUAGAGGUUUUACUGUAUUUUGAUAUGAAAACCUGUCCACCAAUCGUAUAGUCUCUAACAAUUUUCCGAUUAAUUUUGUCUAUUCUUACGAAUAUAUAUGAUAUUAAAAACAAUUAUAAUCGUUAGCUUUCUAAUUAUGGACUAGGCUUCCUAUAAUUUUAUUGAAAAGAGAAAGAGUUGGUAACACCGAAACUACGGGGUGAGGUUGCACACAGAGAAUAAGAUCACUUUUUACAAAAUGAAAAGACAAAAACAGUCCAUAUUCCCCGAACAAAUCGUCAGCUGUGUUUGUUGGCUGAGGAACGCGUAAUUUACAAGCUGAUAAAGAGAGAUUCGUUACAUAACAAACAUUUCCAACAACACCAUUACUCCAUUACAUAACCGGUCCGACCGGAUCACGUCACCCACCCCCGACAUUCGGGUCGGAUCCUAUCCAACCCAUUUAACCGAACACCUUUUGUGACGUGUCAACUCACUAUACCCCUAUUAGCAUUUCUGAACUCAAGUCUUCUUCACGCACGAACCCCUCAUUUUAUGUCAAUCUUUGAUAUCUCACCCCUUACAUUAAUUUUUUUUCAGUCAGCCCCACAAUCAUUAAUGUUAUAUUGACUGACCAAGUAAUCAAUUAAUCCAUGUCCUUUUACCAAAGGACAUGACAUGAGUUGGAAAUUUAUAAUUUUCAAUAAAAACUAUAUAUUAUAUGCUCAAGAGGUAAACCAAUUGUAUUUCAUAUGCUCUUAUAUACCUUAUAGCCAUCUUUAUUUUUACUUAAAAAUCAUAUCAAUUAUACAUUUAACGUUUUUACUAAAACAAUAGUGAGUUUAAAGUUAAAGAAAAGUAUCAUAAUUUUUAAUGAAAAUUUACAUAUUAUUAAUAUAGAUUUGAUUAUUAUUCUCUAUGAUUUUUAUUAUGCCAAUAGUAUAAAGGGGGUUAUUGUAUAGAAAGGGAAGAAAAUGGUCAUAUUUAUAAGCAAAUAAUAAUGUCGGAUAAAAACUGAAAACAUUUUGGUAUAUAAACAUAUCAUCUUCUCGUACACACCACAAUUCUUUUGUUUUAUUAUAUACUCUUUUUUUUUUUUUGGUGUCACGAAAACGAACGAAUCAGUGUCGGCUCUUGGGUUCCGAACAAAAACAACAUUGUACGUCGGAUCCAAAAAACGCGCGUUAUAUAAACGCUUAAUUUCUCCAGGAUUCUUCUUCUGCUUCCGCCAUUGCUCGAAAAUCGCGUCUUCUGACAAUGUGCUGAAACUGAGUCAUCGUCCGAGUUAGCAAAGUGAAACUUCGAAGUUUCUCUUACACUAAUCUCAGGUUUGGGAUUUUGUAAGAAACCGCGUUUACAAGUAAGUGCGUUUGCGUCUGAAACUUUCUUUCCAAGAAAGAUUUAUUCUUUUCCCAGUUUGCAAAAGCAAAACUGAUCCUUUCUCGUUAAUUCCUUCUACGUAGAAGGAAAGAUUUCGGAUUUUAUUUGCAUUGCUUUUUCUAGAAAAACAUCUUUCUGACAACAUCGAAUGCAAAUAUUAAAAUUUUCCUCUCUGUAAAAAAUUUCUGGGAAAAAGUUUUCUCUUUUUGUUUUUUGUUAGCUGGAAAUUGAAAUCGCAGUCGCAGAAUGUUCAAGUUGAAGCAAUGGUUGAUUUAUUUGGUGUGUUCGUUAGUAAUAAUGAACACAGAAGGACUGUUUGUCAAUAUUACAUUUGUUCGAAACGCAGUCGCUAAAGGGGCCGUUUGUUUAGAUGGAAGUCCACCAGCUUAUCAUUUGGAUAGAGGUUCUGGAACUGGAAUCAAUAGUUGGUUGAUACAGCUUGAGGGAGGAGGAUGGUGCAAUAAUGUAACAAAUUGCGUUAGUCGGAUGCAUACUCGAUUAGGUUCAUCGAAGAAAAUGGUGGAGAACCUUGCUUUCUCAGCUAUUCUUAGCAAUAAGAAACAAUAUAAUCCUGAUUUUUACAAUUGGAAUAGAGUGAAAGUUAGAUACUGUGACGGGGCAUCAUUCACAGGAGAUGUAGAAGCAGUGAACCCUGCUACUAAUCUUCACUUCAGAGGUGCUCGAGUUUGGUUAGCCGUUAUGCAAGAGCUGCUAGCUAAAGGCAUGAUAAACGCCGAGAAUGCUGUUUUGUCUGGCUGUUCUGCUGGCGGGUUAGCUUCGCUGAUGCAUUGUGAUAGUUUCCGUGCUCUAUUACCGAUGGGAACCAAAGUAAAAUGUCUUUCAGAUGCUGGUUUUUUUCUCAACACAAGAGACGUCUCAGGAGUUCAAUACAUUAAAACAUACUUCGAAGAUGUUGUUACUCUUCAUGGAUCAGCAAAGAACUUGCCGAGGUCAUGCACAUCAAGAUUAACUCCUGCAAUGUGUUUCUUUCCGCAAUAUGUGGCUCGCCAGAUUAGAACUCCUCUGUUCAUUCUUAAUGCCGCUUAUGACUCUUGGCAGAUAAAGAACAUUUUGGCUCCGCGAGCAGCUGAUCCUUACGGAAAAUGGCAAAGUUGUCAACUAGACAUCAAGAAUUGCCAUCCAAGUCAGAUCAAAGUUAUGCAAGAUUUCAGGUUAGAGUUCUUGAGUGCAGUGAUAGGUUUAGGGAGAUCUUCAUCAAGAGGGAUGUUCAUAGAUUCUUGCUACACUCACUGCCAAACCGAGACACAAACUUCAUGGUUCUGGCAAGAUUCUCCAAUUCUAAACCGAACGACAAUAGCAAAAGCUGUUGGAGAUUGGGUUUAUGACAGAACAUUGUUUCAGAAGAUAGAUUGUCCUUACCCUUGUAACCCUACUUGCCACCACAGGGUUUUCACUCCUCUAGAUGCUCCUCCAAUUUAAGUGAUUCUACCAUAUACAGUAUAGAUUUAUUAUUAUUUUGAAAAGAAAAUUUGCUUAUAAAUGAUUCAUUUGUUAGAUACAUAUAGUGAAAUAUUCCUAGGGUUUAGCUAUAGAAGAUGAAAAAGAAAAAGAGUGUGAUUAAUUCUUGAGUGUUGAGAAUAAGCAAUAGGAGUAAUUUUCUUCAGCACUUGUCUUGUGUGCUGUUUAAAUUGCUCUGUUUCUCUUCUAUUCUGAUGUAAAAUGCAAAUUGUUACCUUUAUCCUAUCAAAUAAAGUAUAAUUCUUUUCUCAGUUGUAUCAAUCUUUUUCAUUCUGAAUUAGUGAAUUCAUUAUUUUGUG